UGACAUAGUUGAGAGAUCUUCUGAUAAAUACAAGAAUGCAGACAUCAUCGUCUUCAACAUGGGACACUGGUGGACUCAUGAGACCUUCAAAAGGAAAGGUCUAUUACCAAGAAGGUAGCCAUAUCUAUGAUGAGUUUAAUGUUGUUGAGGCGUUUCGAAGAGCUGUUACAACUUGGGCGAGAUGGGUUGAUGCCAUUGUAAAUUCUGAGAAGACCCUGGUUUUGUUCAGAGGCUAUUCUGCUUCCCAUUUCAGUGGUGGGCAGUGGAAUUCAGGUGGGCAAUGCGACCAUGAGACUGAACCCAUCAGGAACGAGACGUAUCUCUAGGCGUAUAUGG